AUGGCCGUGGGCUUCGGGUCUCUGCCCCCACCCCCGGGAGGGUGGCCCGGCACGGCCCAGUCGGCGCCACCGCCCGUCUCCGGCAACCCCUCCAGCAUGCUGCUGUGUCGCCGGGCAGAGGCUGACCCGGCUGUCUGCGGGGCCAAACUGGAGAAGCAAGGGCUCUGUGCCCAUGUGUUUUGCCUGCUUUUUGCCAACGAGCUUUUUCAGCAAGGGGGCAGGGAAGUAGGACUCAUGGGAUUUCUCCCCGAGGAUAUUCGACGUGCAGUCGCGCGGGCAGCGCGGAAGCACUGCUUCGUCUGUGGCGAGAGCGGGGCCGCCAUCUCCUGCUGGCAGAGGAGCUGCGACCGCAGCUUCCAUCUCCCCUGUGCCGCGGAGGGUGGAUGCGUCACCCAGUACGCUCUUCAGUACAGUGCCUUCUGCUGGCAGCACCGCCCAGAGCAGGCAGUGGAGGCGGCUCCGGAGGAGAACACCACCUGCCUCAUCUGCCUGGACCUUGUGGAGGAGAGAAAGUCCUACGGCACCAUGGUGUGCCCAGCGUGCAAACACGCCUGGUUCCACAGGGGCUGCAUCCAGGGACAGGCUCUGUGCGCCGGCAUUUCUUGCUUCCAGUGCCCCCUCUGUAGAGAUAAGGAGCUAUUUCUCUUGGAAAUGCUCACCAUGGGGAUCCGAAUCCCCUCCAGACUGCCAUCGUGGGAGAACAGGCGUGCAUACGCAGCACUAAGUGAGAGGCACAGCCGCUGCGAUGCCAGGGAGUGCCUUUGUCCAGGAGGCAGGGAGCAGGCAGAGGAAGAGGGGCCCUGGCAACUGCUCCUGUGCUGCUCCUGCGCUGCCGAGGGCACCCACAGACGCUGCUCCGACUUGAGGAGCAGCACGGCCAGCUGGGAGUGCGACGCGUGUGCUGGCCUGGGCACCGCCUCCAGUGCCAGCUCGGAGCUCGCCGGCCCCAGCACUGCCAGCCAGGCGGCAUCAGGGUUCUCCUGCGGCUCCCCGCCACUUCAGGGCAGCAGCCGCUCCAGCCCCCCUGGGCCCGUGCGGUUGCGAGACCGCUCCCGCUUGCAACGCCGGGAGCAACAUCCCUACAGCCGGCCCGGAAGACGCCGUGACAGGAGCCGUGCGCCAGCACCAAGUGCCGAGAGCAGCACCCCCAGCCAGGCGGCGCUGGGGCCGUCCCACAGCUCCCCAGCACCCGACGCCAGCAGCCCCAGCACCGCCAGCCAGCUGCCAGCGGGGUCCUCCUGCGGCUCCCCACCGCCGGAAACCAGCAGCCCCAGCACUGGGAGCCAGGCGGCGUUCGGGCCACCCCACGGCUCCCUGGACCGCAGACCAGCAGCCCCGCCGAUGCGGCAUCAGGGCCGUCCCAAGGCUCCCCAGUUGCUUCAGGGCAGCAGCCGCGCCAGCCCCCCUGGGCCCGACCGCGGGCCCGUGCGGAUGCGAGACCGCUCCCGCUUGCAACGCCGGGCCCAACAUCCCUACAGCCGGCCCGGACGCCGCCGCGGGACCAGCCGUGCGCCAUCCCCGAGCGCUGGUCCUGAUCCCCCUCCACCCGUACAAUAA